UCUGUAUUUUCCACCUUCGUUACAAACUAGACAAGCCCUUUUUGAUCUGGCCGUUUCCUUGGCAGCCCACACACAGGCCUGACCUCUUUCUUUCUCUAACAACUGGAGGGUGAUCAAGAAACUAGACCAAUUGAGAGACUGAUGGGUGAUUUAACAACAUUGGCGAAGGCAAGAAGAGAGCUUGAAGAAUUGUAUCUGGGGGUUCCUGAUGAAUCGGUAAACCUCACGUUUCAGGACCUAGCAGAGGUGACAAAAAAUGUCGUCCCCCAACCGGAGAAGAGGAAAGCCAUCUCCAUUGAGUCCAUUCCAGAAGGCAAAUCAAAGAGAGAAGGACCAUCACCCUUGAACAAAAUUCCCAGCCUUGAUUUCAACAGAGGCUUGCAAGCAUCUAAAAGCUCUCCUCCUUCUCAUCAUCAGCAUAGUCCCUAUCAUCAUCACCAUGUCAACAAGGAUAGAACUGAUUCACACAGGGCUCCCAGCCGCCACCACAACCACCACCUUGACGGAGAAGGCAUGGGUCAUCAUUAUGCAGACGGUGAAAACUUUUCUAGCCUUGCAAGUCCCAAGGGUUCUAGGAGGCACUCAGGGUAUAGACAUGCAGUUGAGAGUAGCAUGGCUUAUGAUGACAGAAGCCAUGUGAACAUGGCUUCUAUCAUGAGCCCAUUUUCAGAGAGAGGCGGACGCCGCCGCCCUGGGAUUCCUCACUCCAAUAUUUGUACUAUUUGCAAUACCUACAUCUAUAUUUUCCGUCACCGAUGCCUGGUGUGUGGCAGAGUGUACUGCAGGAGCUGCCUAAGCAUGGGCAUGGGGGAGAUGACAGAAGGGAGAAAGUGUAUUGCUUGCUUGGGAAGAAGGUUCAGCCAAAGGUAUAUAAAAAGAGCAGGAGAUAUGGGGUGUUGUGCUGGGUAUCCAAGUAUGGCAAAGCAGCAAGAGCUGUCAUGGGCAGAGAAAGGGCCAAGGAGGAGCAGUGAGAGGGGCCGCAAUAGAAGCAUGAUGAUGUCUAGAUCAAGAAGUCCUGUGACCCCAAGAACCCCCACAAGGUCCCAUCAUCAAACCAGCAAUACGCCUUCUUUUGUGAUGAACUCACCUUAUUCUCCUUACUCUCCUUCUCACCACCACCCCAUUCCUUUUUGAGAACCCUCAUGACUUACUACUACUUUUUAUGUCGAAACAUUUUAUUAAUGUAUUAGUUUGAUUAUUUA